GUUCCGGUCUACAAAAUUUAAUAUAUGUUUAUUAUCUCUUCUGAAAACUUGUAGUUUACUUAAAAACUAAAAAAAAUCAAAAUCAUAAAUCAAAUCAAAAUAAAUCAUAUUGAAACACAAUGAAUUCGACAAAAGCUUUGUUAAGCAGCAGGAUAGUGGCCUUCGGACUUGAAAAUCUGGUGACGCGUCGCGGAAUGAAGCAGUUACGUUUGGAUGAAAUUCACUACAAACUCAACUCCAAUCAAGAGCGAAACCACCAGAGAACUUGGCCACAAUCACAGAUGCAGCCGCAGAUUGAGGAGCGCAUGGAUGACACCAAAUACAGGCCAGGUCGUUGGACGGAGCGGAAAUAUCAGGCCACCUGGCGGGAAGCUGUCAUCCCAAAUGAGGAAGCCCAUAAGGAGGCGAAGGACUCGCGUUCACAGGAGGAGCGACCCCACAUUCGUGAACUCCGCCGAACUACCGACCCCAAUAGGCGCCUCCAGAGGAUCGCAAUGCCUGCUAAACAAUUCAUCUCGCAGUUUAUCUCCACCCAAAGCAAAAACAAAAGGCGUUACGUAGAAGCUGCAUCAGAUCGAAUGGCGUUUGAUGGAUACUAGCUGAUACACGGCUUGUUUUCGCUAUCAACUUCGAUCUUAACUAUUGUGGAUUUAAUUUGCCUUUGCCUCAUAUGUUAGAUGUCGAGUUUUAGUUUAAAGUCGAAUAGGUUUUCUGUGUUGUAUAACAGUAGAAACAAAAUCAAAUUAAAUUUGCAAUCUUUAAGAU